CCCAUGCCCUUAAUAAAUAAUAAUUAUGACCCUGAAAGUUGAAGUUUAUCAAAAAGAGAAAGUGAGGCCAUCAUCACCAACUCCCCAAACCUUGAGAUACCACAAGCUUUCUCUCCUUGACGUACUUGCCGGACCUUAUUAUACCCCGCUAAUUUUGUUCUACGACUCCGCCGCCGGCUCUCGUCGCCACGAUUAUGAUGAGCUCAGGGAAUCGCUCUCUAAGACAUUGUCCGUGUUGUACCCGCUCGCCGGAAGACUUAAAGAUGGAUCAACGAUCGAAUCCAACGAUGAGGGCGCGGAUUUUGUCCGAGCUAAUGUUGGGAAUUACGAUUUGGGUGAGUUUUUCCGGCGCCUCCCGAAGCUGGAAGAUCUACGGCGGCUGCUUCCGCGUGACCCGUACCCAGACGCUAUUGAUCCGGGCAUGCCAAUGUUAGCUGUUCAGGUGAACAGGUUCCGGUGCGGCGGAACUGCGGUGGCGUUCUGCACUUGGCACGGGGUGGUGGACGCGAUUGGGAUGGCCGGAUUUUUCAACACCUGGGCCACAAUCAACCGGGGCCGGGGGGAUUCCGGCGGCGGUCUCGUCGUGGACGCCAGCUCGAUUUUCUCGCCGGGGAAUCUCAACACUUUCCAGGUAGUGCGCACCUUGUUCGUGGGGACAAUGAAGAAGAAUUCCGAAAAAUACACCUCGAAAAGAUUUGUUUUUAGCAAGCAGGAUAUGGAGCGGAUCAGGAAGCAGUACAGCCAAUCGGAGCACCGCCGGCGACCAUCUCGAGUGGAGGCGCUGUCGGCGUUCGUAUGGGCGGCAGUGAUAAGAGCAACUCUAGUGGCGAACCCAAUCCUCAAGACGCACUUGCUCUCACAUUAUGUGAACUUGCGAAAGAAGUUGGACCCGCCCUUACCUUCGCACUGCCUAGGCAACAUCAUCCAAGGGACUGAGUCCGUGUGGGAAGUCGCCGGCGGACCGGUUACUGCCCGGUCGCUUGUAGGAAGAGUCGUGGAAGCUAUCGACAAGGUUACAAACGACUACGUGAGGGAAAUGCACACUAAAGGUGGGUUUUUAAGAUCAAUAGUAGCCCGACUACGAUCAAAGACAACGAAUUACUACAAUAAAGAUGAGGUUGAAACUUUAAAUAUAAGUAGUUUAUGUAACAUUCCCUUUGGGGAAGUUGAUUUUGGGUGGGGCAAGCCAAUAUGGAUUGGCAUGGGUCAUACACUCUAUGACAUUGCUCUUUUCGUGGAUACUAAAGAUGGGGGAGUGGAAGUGUGGAUUGGGUUAAAACAUGAAGUUAUGAGCAAUUUAGACAAGGACAUGGAAUUUCAUGCAUAUGUGUCGUUUGCCCAUAUUGUUUCUGGAUCGUCUUAUCCUCUAAGUUCUGCACUCUAAGUUAAGAUCGACGGCAUCUAGUUUAUGGAUUUAGACCGAGGUUACCAAGGGGAAGGGAAUUGAAGUGAAUUCCUACACACAAUAUCAUUAGAUUGCCACUUUUAAUAAGUUUCCUAAAUUCAUAACCAAUAUAAUGUCAUUUAGAGCAUCAAUUCUUCUUAUUAUCAAAUAAUAAUGACCUUGAUUUGAUAUUUUUACAAUAUGUAUUCAUUUUACGACGUUUAUAUUUUAAUUAAUAAAAAUAAGAUUUUUUGCAUAAGAAACUGAAAGUGGCAUGCCAG